UCACGUCACUGUAUGUCACGUCACACCGGCGCUUUCCGGAUAAGGAGGGGUUGAGGGGUUGAGGGGUUUACACGUGGGUAAAAACUAAAAACCAUCAUGGACCCCGAACGAAUACAGUUUCACGAAAUGGGAUUAGACGACCGUAUUUUAAAGGCACUAGCUGACCUUGGAUGGGCUCAACCGACCCUUAUUCAAGAAAAAGCCAUUCCGCUGGCUCUCGAGGGAAAAGAUCUUUUGGCAAGAGCUCGGACCGGGUCAGGAAAGACCGCUGCCUACGCCGUGCCACUGAUUCAGAGGAUCCUCACCUGUAAGCAGACGGUGCAAGAGCAGGCAGUGCGAGCUUUAGUCCUGGUACCCACUAAAGAGCUGGGACAGCAGGUACAGGCCAUGAUCCGCCAGCUCACUGCUUACUGUGCGCGAGAUGUCCGCGUGGCUGAUAUUUCCGGCAAGGCAGAUGUAUCAGCGCAGAGGCCAGUUCUGAUGGAAAAGCCAGAUGUCGUGGUGGGAACUCCGUCUCGUGUACAAGCCCACAUCAAAGCCCAGAACUUGGAGCUGAACUCUCUGGAAGUGCUCGUCAUCGACGAGGCGGACCUUCUUUUCUCGUUCGGCUUCGAGGCUGAUGCUAAGAGCCUCAUUUGUCACUUACCAAAGAUCUAUCAGGCGUUCUUAAUGUCUGCUACACUCACGGACGAUGUUCAGGCCUUGAAGGAGCUCGUUUUGCACAACCCUGUGACGCUGAAGCUCCAAGGCUCCCAGCUUCCGGACAGCUCACAACUGCAGCAAUACAGUGUGAAAUGCGAGGAGGAGGAGAAGUUCCUCCUCAUCUACACACUCCUCAAACUCGGCCUGGUGCGAGGGAAGACGCUCAUAUUCGUCUCCAGCCUGGAUCGCUGCUACAGGCUCAAGCUGUUCUUGGAGCAGUUCAGCGUUCCUGCCUGCGUCCUUAACUCCGAACUCCCUGUGCACUCGAGGUGUCACAUCAUAUCGCAGUUUAAUCAAGGAUUCUACGAUUACAUCAUAGCCACAGACGAGCAAGGGCUCAACAACCCGACCGCCCUUUCCCAGAGUGCCGAGAGCAAAGGGAAGAAGAAGAAGAAGAAUGCAAAGACUAAAACAGGCAAAGAUAAAGAAUACGGUGUGUCCAGAGGAGUGGACUUCCAGAACAUCGCAAACGUCAUAAACUUUGACUUUCCCUCUUCUGUCGAAUCCUACAUCCACCGAGUCGGCAGAACCGCGAGGGCAGACAACAAAGGAACGGCUCUCACGUUCGUGUCCAAUUCCGAGCUCACGUUGCUGGAGGAUGUCGAGGGCGCUCUUACAGGAGACAGCGGAAACUGUGCCCUGAAGCCAUACGGGUUCAAAAUGGACGAAAUCGAAGGAUUUCGAUACAGAUGUCGGGAUGCGAUGAGGUCUGUAACCAAGCAGGCAGUGAAGGAAGCCAGAUUAAAGGAGAUCAAGCAGGAGCUGCUCAACUCAGAGAAGCUUAAGAUGUAUUUCGAGGACAACCCGAGAGAUCUGCAACUGCUCCGUCACGACAAAGACCUGCAUCCGGCCGUCAUCAAACCCCACCUGAGAAACGUGCCAGAGUAUUUGAUUCCAUCGACGCUGAAGACUCUGGUCAACCCUCUGUUACGCCGGAAGAAGAAGAUCAAGACCAACUCGAGGGGAGUCCUCAAAACUGCCUUCAAGAACACCAGAGGGAAGAACAUCAGAGGGAAGAACCCACUGAAGAGUUUCCGCUACAACAGGAAAGCCAGCAAGCAGAAGAACAAACCCUAACUACACAGGACUGAAUUAUUGUGCACACUGGGACAGAAAAAAACAACAACCAACCAUUAAUCCUCUGCUGGAUGGACAUUCAUAAAGAAUAACGAUUCAGGAUUCACUCAGUUCAUUUGGGAACAAGCAGCUCCAAUUUUUUUGAGUUUUGAUUAAAAUAUACAGCAGUG